ACCAUAAGCACCCUAAAACAGUCACAACCCACAAAAAAAGGUUAAAGCACAAAAACAAAACAAAACAAAAAAGAAAAGAUUGAAGAGACUAACAAUACAAAGAAGAACAAGGGUUUCUUUGUUCUUUGUUGCUAUUUCUUAGUGAAAAAAACAGCUGAAAAAAUGCAGAAUCAACAACAACAACAACAGUUACAAACACUUAUGCAAAGUGGACAAAUAUCAGGGAGUUUAAGUUUUAAUGGGAAUAUAAGUAAAGAAGAUGAAGAAAUGUCAAAAUCAGCACUGUCAAGUUUUAAAGCUAAAGAAGAAGAGAUUGAAAAAAAGAAACUUGAAGUUAAAGAGAAAGUUCAAGCUCAGUUAGGUCGUAUUGAAGAAGAAACUAAACGUUUGGCUAUUAUUCGUGAGGAACUAGAGGGAUUAUCAGAUCCAAUGAAGAAAGAAGUUUCAACGGUCCGAAAGAGGAUUGAUGUUGUCAACAAGGAGUUAAAACCCCUGGGACAGACUUGCCAGAAGAAGGAGAGAGAAUACAAAGAAGCUCUUGAGCUCUUCAAUGAAAAACAUAAGGAAAAAGUACAACUUAUAUCAAGAUUGAUGGAGCUGGUGGGUGAAAGCGAGAAAGCGAGGAUGAAGAAGUUGGAGGAGCUGAGCAAGAGUAUAGAAACGAUUCAGUGAAAAAACUACCGUAAGAAAAGCUCAGUGACGUCUAAUUAGGCUCGUGUGAUAUAUUUAAGAUAAUCGAAAUUUCUAUUUAUAUAUGGUUGUUUUCGCGUUUGGUGGGUGUAAUUUUUUUAUUUUUCCUUCCUGUUUUUGUUGUUCUCGGUUCAUGAUUAUGCCUUUUGAAGGAUGAUGAUCUUCAGUUUCUAAUUUUAGGUCCUUGUAAACAUGUUUGUAACUAAAACAGGUCUCUCAAACUCCUGGAUUCUUUUGUAUUAUUAUUCUAUUUUUCCA